GCUGCCGAGACGACGGUUGGCGCGGGCUGCAAGGCGGGCGGCGCGGGAGCGAGCGGCGCGGCCCGGGCAUUAUUUCAAGAAAAAAUAUGAUAGCAUCAAGCAUUCCCUGGAGCGUGGAUCGCCUGGAAUAAGGAAAUAUGCUCCUUGCCUGGGAAGCACGUCGGGAUGUAUAGAGCGGGCGACCCGGGGAGACGGCCACUGCCCCCUCGGGUGCGGAACGUGGAAGUUGCCCGGGGCAGGGCUGGCUAUGGGUUCACGCUUUCUGGGCAGGCGCCCUGUGUGCUAAGCUGUGUUAUGAGAGGGAGCCCUGCGGAUUUCGUAGGCCUCCGUGCUGGAGACCAGAUCUUUGCUGUCAAUGACAUUAACGUGAAAAAAGCUUCUCAUGAAGAUGUCGUGAAACUAAUCGGGAAGUGCUCUGGCGUCCUGCGCAUGGUGGUGGGCGAAGGCGUCGGCCACUUAGAGGCCGGUUCCAGUGACGAGGAAGGUGGGCUUUAUGAAGGAAAAGGCUGGUUGAAGCCGAAACUCGAUUCUAAAGCCUUAGGUAUAAAUAGAGCAGAGCGAGUCGUGGAGGAAAUGCAAUCUGGUGGAAUUUUCAAUAUGAUUUUUGAGAACCCGAGCCUCUGUGCAAGCAGUUCAGAGCCCUUGAAAUUGAAACAAAGAUCCCUUUCAGAGUCGGCCACUGCUCAAUUUGAUAUUGGAUGUGAAGGUAUAAAUAAUCCAAAUCCCCACAUGUUUUCCAAGGAGGAAGUAUCGAAAGUUAUUAAUGAUGAUUCAGUUUUCAGUAUUGGACUAGAAAAUCAUGACGAUUUUGGGUUAGACGCAAGUAUUUUAAAUGUUGCCAUGGUCGUGGGCUAUUUAGGUUCCAUCGAACUCCCUUCCAGGAGCUCCAGCCUGGAGUCUGACAGUUUGCAGGCCAUCCGCGGCUGCAUGCGGCGCCUGCGGGCAGAGCAGAAGAUCCACUCCCUGGUGAUGAUGAAGAUUGUGCACGACUGUGUGCAGCUGUGCACCGACAAGGCCAGGGUUGUGGCUGAGUACCCGGCUGAGAAGCUGGCCUUCAGCGCUGUGUGCCCUGACGACAGGCGCUUUUUUGGGCUGGUGACCAUGCAGACCAGCGAUGAUGGGAGCCUGGCCCAGGAGGAGGAAGGUGCCCUGCGGACUUCCUGCCACGUGUUUAUGGUGGACCCAGACUUAUUUAAUCACAAGAUCCACCAAGGCAUUGCCCGGCGGUUUGGGUUUGAGUGCACAGCCGACCCUGACACCAAUGGCUGUUUAGAGUUCCCUGUGUCCUCUCUGCCUGUGCUCCAGUUCAUCUCCGUCCUGUACCGUGACAUGGGUGAGCUGAUCGAGGGGGUGCGGGCCCGUGCCUUUCUGGAUGGGGACGCCGAUGCCCACCAGAACAACAGCACCAGCAGCAACAGUGACAGUGGCAUCGGGAACUUCAACCAGGAGGAGAAGAGCAACCGGGUCCUGGUGGUCGACCUGGGCGGGGGCUCCAGCAGGCAUGGCCCGAGUAGCAGCACUGUGUGGGAGGGUGCGGGAGGGAGGGCCAUGCAGCCCUGGGGGGCCCCCUGGAACGGGGCCUUCUGCCACGACCCCGAUGGGAGCUCCCCAAUUGAGGUCACUCCCCAGAUUGACAGGUUCCGGGACUUAAACAAGCACUUAGGACCGGCCUCUCAUGUGGAGGUGCCCCUGGCUUCCUCUCGGAGUUCCGUCCCUCCUCCCAAGAGGGGCACCGCGGGUGCCAGCUGUGGUUUCAGCCAGCGGUGGCUCCCGGUCCACGUGCUCCAGGAGUGGCAAUGCGGUCAUGCCAGUGACCAGGAGUCUUACACGGAUUCCACCGAUGGGUGGUCCAGUGUCAACUGUGGCACGCUGCCCCCUCCCAUGAGCAAGAUCCCAGCAGACCGCUACAGGGUCGAAGGCAGCUUUGGGCAGCCUCCACUGGGUGCCCAGAAGAGGGACUGGUCCAGGAAGGCUUUUGGAAUGCAAAACAUUUUUGGUCCCCAUCGAAAUGUUCGAAAGACUAAAGAAGACAAAAAGGGCUCAAAAUUUGGGCAUGGAAUUGGACUCACUCAGACUUCUCAACGCACCUCUGCUCGGAGAUCGUUCAGAAGAUCCAAGAGGUUCAGCAUCACUCGCUCCCUUGAUGAUCUUGAGUCUGCAACUGUGUCUGAUGGUGAGUUGACCGGCGCUGACCUGAAGGACUGCGUGAGCAACAACAGCCUGAGCAGCAAUGCCAGCCUCCCCAGUGUGCAGAGCUGCCGGCGCCUGCGAGAGAGGAGGGUUGCCAGCUGGGCCGUGUCCUUCGAGCGUCUGCUACAGGACCCCCUUGGUGUUCACUACUUCUCGGAUUUUCUAAGGAAAGAAUUCAGUGAAGAAAACAUUUUAUUCUGGCAGGCCUGUGAAUAUUUUAAUCAUGUUCCUGCACACGACAAAAAAGAGCUUUCCUACAGGGCCCGGGAGAUUUUCAGUAAAUUUCUGUGCAGCAAAGCCACCACCCCUGUCAACAUUGACAGCCAGGCCCAGCUGGCGGACGACAUUCUUAAUGCGCCUCACCCGGACAUGUUCAAGGAGCAGCAGCUCCAGAUUUUCAACCUGAUGAAGUUUGACAGCUACACGCGCUUUCUGAAAUCUCAGCUGUACCAGGAGUGCAUCCUGGCGGAGGUGGAAGGCCGUGCCCUCCCGGACUCACAGCAGGCCCCUAGCAGCCCGGUGUCUAAGCACAGCCUCGGCUCGGACCACUCCAGCAUGUCCACGCCAAAAAAGUUGAGUGGAAAAUCGAAAUCAGGAAGGUCCCUGAAUGAAGAACUGGUGGAGGAGGACAGUGAGAAGAAACGGAAAGGCGCGUUUUUCUCUUGGUCAAGGAGUAGGAGCACUGGGAGGUCCCAGAAGAAGAAGGAACAUGGUGACCUUCCAAAUGACCCCAUCCACGCCAACGGAGGCCCGUGCCGCCGAGAGUCCCAGGGCUCCGUGUCCUCUGCAGGGAGCCUGGACCUGUCCGAGGCCUGCAGGACCCUGGUGCCCGAGAGGGACAAGGCCACCAAGCACUGCUGCAUCCUCCUCCCGGACGGGACGUCCUGCAUGGUGGCCGUCAAGUCGGGGUUCUCCAUCAAGGAGAUCCUGUCCGGACUCUGUGAGCGGCACGGCAUCAACGGGGCCGCCGUGGACCUCUUCCUGGUGGGCGGGGACAAGCCUCUGGUGCUGCAUCAAGACAGUAGCAUCUUGGAGUCAAGAGACCUGCGCCUGGAAAAGCGCACUUUGUUUCGGCUGGACCUCGUUCCCAUUAACCGGUCAGUGGGACUCAAGGCCAAGCCCACCAAGCCUGUCACAGAGGUGCUGCGGCCCGUCGUGGCCAAGUACGGCCUGGACCUCGGCAGCCUGCUGGUGAGGCUGAGUGGAGAGAAGGAGCCCCUGGACCUCGGCGCCCCUAUAUCGAGUCUGGAUGGACAGCGGGUCAUCCUGGAGGAGAAGGACCCUUCCAGAGGAAAAGAUAAACAGAAAGGUGCACUGGCCAAACAGAACACAGGCGUCAAUCCCAGUUCCAGAAACCACUCGGCUACGGGAGAGGAAAGAACACUAGGCAAGUCUAAUUCUAUUAAAAUAAAAGGAGAAAAUGGAAAAAAUGCUAGGGAUCCCCGGCUUUCAAAGAGAGAAGAAUCUAUUGCAAAGAUUGGGAAAAAAAAAUAUCAGAAAAUUAAUUUGGACGAAGCAGAGGAGUUUUUUGAGCUCAUUUCCAAAGCUCAGAGCAACAGAGCAGAUGACCAACGCGGGCUGCUGAGGAAGGAAGACCUGGUGUUGCCGGAGUUUCUUCGUUUGCCUCCUGGUUCCACGGAGCUCACCCUCUCAACGCCGGCCACGGCCCAGGCUGUUAGCAGGAGAACUGCAACAACCAGUGGCAGGGAGAACGCGUCCCCUCCCCAAGAAAGAUGGGCACCAGCCCAGGACAGCAGUGACAGCCCCUCGACCAGCCCAGGCUCGGCCCAUAGUCCCCCCGGCCCCUCUGGGACGACCCCGCCUGGGCAGAAGUCUCCCAGCGGGCCCUGCUGCACCCCCCAGUCCCCCACCCCCCACACACAGGAGGGCACAGCACAGAUGUGGAAGAGGCAGUCGUGGGAAGUAGAGUCCGGGGACAUCCAGACCGUGGAGGACGGGCAGGGGGCUGACCUGACCCUGGUGGGGGAGGCCCACAUCAGCAGCCCCAACAGCACGCUUCUGCCGCCGCCCCCUGCUCCCCAGGACACGCCUGGACCUCCGCGACCAGGCGGCAGGGCCCGCGGUGACCGAGGCCUUCCAGUCAGCACCGUCAUCGACGUGGACCUUGUUGCUGGCUCUGCCCUCGGGCUGGGUGGCAGUGUCCUGGGGGUGAGGGCAGGCCCUGGGAGGUUGAGGGCCAGCGGGUCCCCGAAGCCAGACCUCUCUGUCCUGAGCCCCGGCCAGGGUGAGCCUGCCAAGCCCAAGGCCAGCGCCUACCACGCAACCUUUGUCUGAAGCUGCCCCGGCCUGGCCAGCUCUCGUGUGGACACAUGUGUGGGUGGCCUGAGAGUGUCCUCGAGGGCCUCGGAGGGGCUGUCUUGGCUGCCACACCCUCAGAAGCCAAACUAGGAUGGGGAUGACCAUGUUGGACUGAUGGGCCUCCGACACUCUCAAGUUGGCCGCAGGUCCCCACACCUGGCCUGGGCUGUCCCCUCGGCACUCAGCCUCUGCCCAAUAAAGCAUUUCUGAGGACACACCAGGCGUCGGC